CCUUAGUACACUAUCAUAAUUUACGAAAAUUGAUUCAAGCUAGAAUAUGUGGAAAAAGAAUAGCUGCAGAACAUAGUAUCAAAUAUUGAAAAAUGGUAGUUAAAAUAGAAUUACUUGGAGGGUUGGACAUGCUCUUUAAGAAGCAAAAGGAACUCUCUUUGGAGCUUGCAGAAUUAGGAGAGGACAAGACAUUGAAGUCCUUGAUCCAUUUCAUGGCUGAAAAAAUCGAAAGUCCUACUCAAAAGGAGCUCUUUUAUUUGGAUGGCACAGUUCGUCCUGGUAUUAUCGUCUUGGUGAAUGAUCAAGAUUGGGAACUUCUAGAUAAAGAGGAAUAUGUUCUUGAAGACAAGGAUCAAGUUGUUUUUGUAUCUACUUUGCAUGGUAUGUUUGACAAUAUAACUUUAACGACUACGAAAUCUAACUGUUCAAUAGGUGGUUAAGUCAAUAAAAAAGUUAGUUCUAAGG